AUGAAGUCAUCGAUUGACGGUUGGGCCCUGACUGUCUGUCUGCACGCCUGCUUGGGGGGUACGGUACGGGCAUGGAUUGCCAUGGACAUUGUCAUUGGCAUUGGUAUCUCAUCGUACAGAGCUAGAGACGUUAAAGUCUUGGUCUGGUCUGGCAUGGCAAAGCAGGGAAGGAAAGGCCGCCACUUGGCAUUGGGCCCAGGCACGCAAACAGGGCAAGGCCAAGAGCCACAACGGCGCAAGACAACCUACCAGGCUUAG